AUGCCGCGCACCUGCUGCCUCAACCGCGAUACGAACGAGACAAAGAUUCAGGUCUCGAUAAACCUCGAUGGUGGUGACCUCUCCCCUUACGAGCACAGCGACUUCUGGGCCGCCUUCGACAAGGAGAAUCUCAAUGGAGAGGGUGAGAAGGUCGACAAGGACCAUGCGACCCAGAAGUCGGCGUCUCAAGAAAUCUCCGUCGACACGGGUAUCGGCUUCCUCGACCACAUGAUUCACGCCAUGGCCAAGCACGCGGGCUGGAGUCUGCGCAUACGGUGCAAGGGCGACCUCCACAUUGACGACCAUCACACAAGCGAAGAUACCUUCUUGGCCUUAGGUACGGCCUUCAAGAAUGCGUUGCAGGGAAGCACGGGCCUUGCUCGCUUCGGACACGCGUACGCACCGCUCGACGAGGCACUGUCGCGAGCCGUCAUCGACCUAUCGAACAGGCCAUACAGCAUUAUCGAAUUGGGUCUCAAGAGGGAGAAGAUUGGCGAUUUGAGCUGUGAGAUGAUUCCCCAUUGCCUGCAAAGCUUCGCACAAGCAUCUGGCACCACCCUCCACGUCGACUGCAUACGCGGCGACAACGACCACCACAGGGCCGAGAGCGCUUUCAAGGCACUUGCGGUUGCUAUCAGGCAUGCGACAACCGUGGUAAAGCAGUGGGAGGGCGAGGUCCGCAGUACCAAGGGCGUACUCUACUAA